ACCAAGACUGGGACCGCCCGAGGCCACGGUGACCUCUGGAGUCCGGAGGCCACCGUAAGCAGCGCUGGCACUGAGCCCUGCCCCGACGCGGCGGGCACUGUCGCGAUCCCCCGGCAAGUGACGUGGCGAGGGCGGGGCCUAGCGGCCUUGGCGGUAGAGCGACAGAGCAUCCUGGGUGUGCCUGGUCUUUGUAGGUAACGGGCCGGCCACGAGAGAACGGGGCUGCGAGGCCCUGGGACGCGGAAGACACCGGGGUGCAGCAUAUACUGAGACGCGGGGCCGCGGAGCCCGGCGGGGCUGAGGCCGCGUCUCGCGGGAGCCGAACGCUCCGCGCAGCCGCCGCCGCGUGCGGGAUGCCGGCCGGAAAUGGCACGGGGUCGCCGCCGGGCCUUCUUUGCGUGGAGGACGCCGCGGGCGAGAGGGCCACAGUAAAUACAGGUGUGCAGGAACUAUUUGCCAUGGAAGCCAAGGAGAUUGAGAGCCCUAUGCCCACUGACCAUCUCCUCCCUGGUACCAGCCAGCCCAAGGUGGAAGAAAAUGUCAACUCGCCACCUGAAAGGUCCCCAGAAACUAUGCAGCUAAAGAAGGAGAUCUCCCUGCUGAAUGGGGUUAGCUUGGUGGUGGGCAACAUGAUUGGCUCAGGGAUUUUUGUCUCUCCGAAGGGGGUGCUACAAUACACUGCCUCCUACGGGUUGUCACUGGUUGUGUGGGCCAUUGGUGGACUCUUCUCUGUUGUGGGUGCCCUUUGUUAUGCAGAGCUGGGGACCACCAUCACCAAGUCAGGGGCCAGCUAUGCUUAUAUUCUAGAGGCCUUUGGGGGCUUCAUUGCCUUCAUCCGCCUGUGGGCCUCCCUGCUAAUUGUUGAGCCUACCAGUCAGGCCAUCAUCGCUAUCACCUUUGCCAACUACAUCAUCCAGCCCUCCUUCCCCACCUGUGAUCCCCCAUACCUGGCCUUCCGUCUCCUCGCUGCUGCCUGUGUGUGUCUGCUGACAUUUGUGAACUGUGCCUAUGUCAAGUGGGGCACACGAGUACAGGACACAUUCACUUAUGCCAAGGUCCUAGCGCUCAUUGCCAUCAUUAUCAUGGGCCUUGUUAAACUGUGCCAGGGACACUCUGAACACUUUCAAAACGCCUUUGAGGGUUCCUCCUGGAAUGUGGGAAACCUCUCUCUUUCCCUGUACUCUGCCCUCUUCUCUUACUCAGGUUGGGACACCCUUAAUUUUGUAACAGAAGAAAUCAAAAACCCAGAAAGAAACUUGCCCUUGGCUAUUGGGAUCUCUAUGCCAGUUGUGACGCUGAUCUAUAUCCUGACCAACGUGGCCUAUUACACAGUGCUGAGCAUUUCAGAUGUCCUUAACAGUGAUGCAGUAGCUGUGACAUUUGCUGACCAGACGUUUGGCAACUUCAGCUGGAUCAUCCCCAUUGCUGUUGCCCUGUCCUGCUUUGGGGGCCUCAACGCAUCUAUCUUUGCUUCAUCAAGGUUGUUCUUUGUGGGCUCCCGCGAGGGCCAUCUCCCAGACCUUCUGUCCAUGAUCCAUGUUGAGCGUUUUACACCCAUCCCUGCUUUAUUGUUCAAUUGCACUAUGACGCUCAUCUACCUCAUUGUGGAGGAUGUUUUCCUGCUCAUCAACUACUUCAGUUUCAGCUACUGGUUCUUUGUGGGCCUCUCUGUUGUCGGACAGCUCUACCUUCGCUGGAAAGAGCCCGAACGGUCCCGGCCCCUCAAGCUGAGCCUCUUUUUUCCCAUCGUGUUCUGCAUAUGCUCCAUGUUUCUGGUGAUUGUGCCUCUCUUCAGCGAUACCAUCAAUUCCCUCAUUGGCAUUGGAAUCGCCCUCUCCGGGGUUCCUGUGUACUUCAUGGGUGUUUACCUGCCAGAGUCCCGGAGGCCACUCUUUGUUCGGAAAGUCCUGGCUACUAUCACCAGAGUCACCCAACACCUUUGCUUUUGUGUCCUGACUGAGCUAGAUGUAGCUGAAGAGACAAAGGUUGAGAGGAAAACUGACUAGAGGCCAGAGGUGACAUCCCCCAAGAUCCGGAAGGCUGGCCACUGGUGGCCACAGCCGUCAAAGUCCAGAUACCUGAAUUAAAGGAGCUUGUUGACUCACA